AUGACUGUAAGGGAUUUCCCGACACUUAAUGGCAUAGGGGUGUUGAUGGGACUACUCGAAUUCCCGGAGAGGGCCGUGAAUGUGCCCCAUGCACACCUGAGAGGGGCUGAGAUCUUGUUCGUGGUUGACAACGCUCUGACCGUUAGAUUGAUGGAUAGAAAGGGGAUGUUGCGCAAGAACGUGCUACAAAAGGGCUAUGUUUUUGUGUUCUUGCCUCACUACCAGCAGGCUAACCCAAACAGCCCUAGCAUUGAUGUACAUAAUUUGGCGAUCUACCAAUUCAGGAAGUCUCUCAUUGGUCGAUCUCAUGUAAGAAGAGAUGAGAACCAUAGUUAG